AUAGUGUGCGUGUACCUUGUCUUGGUAUCAAAGCGACUGUUAAGUGUUAGAUAAAACAUAACCUUACCAGCGAACUAUCGGUCUUAUCAAUACUGCGUUAAGAAAGAGAGUCUGUUUACUUGGUGGAGUAGAAAAGAACUCUUCUGAAAUAGUUUGGAUGUUACACGGUCGAAACAUGGUUGUGCUGUAAUAAAGGAAAAUUAAAAAUGAAAUGUUAAUGAUUAUUUGCAAAUAGAAAGGUAUUACAAUGUCUUGUUUUAAUUAAACAUAUUUUAUUUCGUGAACACACAUGGAUACAUAGAUCGUUUGCGUUUUUAUGAAUGAGAAGUAAUAGCGGUUAUAGUAGCUUAUGGACUGUUAAUAUAUAAUAAUUUGAAAUACUUUUGAUGAACGACCAUAUCGAUUUUUUUACUUUACGAUUGUUUUUCAAAUUUGCAAAAAAAACUACACAAAAUGAAAAAAUGUAUCAUUUCAUUUGGUAAUGAAUUUGUACAAAAUCAAAUGAAUUCGUGAAGAAAUAUAUUAAAAGAGUGUAGAAAUCAAAAUAUUAAACAUGUGGAUAUAGAACAGUUUACGAUGACUGAAUCAUAUUUCCUAUCUUCGUUGUUUAAAUAUGUGUUUAUCUAUAUAAUGUUCCACUGCAUGUCUGCGGGAAUAUUUGGAAUAACGCAUGACAGUGAAAUUGCAAAUAAUAACAUUCAUUACGAUCGCCGUUCGCGUGACCAGCUCAAAGUUUCUAGCGUGGAGAGAAAGUAUAUAAAUAAGCGAAAAAGGCUGGAAUUACGCUGGGGAUUUGACGUCGACGAAUAUUUGGAAAAAUACGGGUAUCUACGGACUAUACCAAGAGAGAUUUCAAACAGAAAAGAUCCAGGUCCACUCGAAGCUAGACCGAAAACAUGCCAUCAGGUUAUAUCAAGAGUUCUUUGGUCUCAAACCGACUGGGGGAUUAAAUAAAAAGACGGUUAAAGUAAUGAAAGAACCGCGCUGUGCAUUUCCGGACCAGAGAGAGGAUAAUCCAUACUCCCCUGUUAGAAAUUUCCCUUUUUACA